GUUGGAAUUUGUCGGGACUCGUCUAAAUCUUGUUGAAAAUAACGCAAGGACGAGAUGAGUUCAUUAGCCUUCCUAGUGACUGAAUUGCAAUCCCUUGCUAGCGAGUCCAGGAGAAAGCAUCCAGAAAUACGCGAGGCAGCAGAGAAGUCGCUUGCCAUACUUAGGUCCUCUCCGGAGCAAGCGACAGCAUCUUUGGCAUCUGACAGCGCACAGUCAGAUGACCUUCUCCGUCCAGUGUUCAUGGGGUGUGCGACCAAAAACGCGAAAGUAGUCGCCAUCUCGUUGGGGUCGCUGCAGCGCUUGAUAGCCCUCAAGGCUGUACCACAGUCUGUUGUCCCACUCAUCGUAAGCACGAUGAACGAUGCCAUGAGCCAAGGCGUGGACAUUCAACUUCGGAUCCUGCAAACCUUAGUCUCUUUGAUCACUAAUUUUUCUUCAAUACACGAAGAGCUCCUGGGAGAGGCAUUGCUUCUCUGUUUUAAGCUGCAGGAUUCUAGGAUCGCGGUAGUCUCUUCAACAGCAGCAGCCACCCUGCGCCAACUGGUCAUGUUUAUCUUUGAAAAAAUGGUCAACGAGGAUCGUCAAGAGAACGACGAUACUCUGGAGCUGUCUGAGGCGACGCUUCCGGACGGUAGCACCAAAGCGUUAGGACCUUGUGCCAAGGAUGCAUUCUCUGUCUUCGAAGAUCUCUGUCUCCUCGCAAAUUCAGAGAGACCCAAUUUCUUGAAGCUCGACUACCUACAUAAGACCUUCGCCUUGGAGUUAAUUGAGAGUGUACUGACGAACUACCACGAGCUGUUCAGGAAGCACGCGGAGCUUUUGAUGUUGCUGCAACACCAUCUCUGUCCACUCAUUCUGAAAUCUCUCUCCGACAGACAUGUCUUUCCGUUGACACUGAGAUGCACACGAGUUGUGUUCUUGAUCUUGAAGCAGUUCUCAUUCGAGCUAGAGACGGAAGCUGAAGUAUUCCUGAUGCUUCUCAUAAGAAUGAUCUCAGAAGAUUCCGACACGUCGAAUUCGGACCAUUCUGGCUCACGACCAAUAUGGACCAGGGUCCUUGCGAUGGAGAUAAUGAGAGGGGUAUGCAGCGAUGCUGAGCUUGUCCGAAACAUAUGGGAUCGCUACGAUGCGCAGCAGCCGGGCUCCAAGGUCUUCAGCUCUAUGAUAGUCGCAUUGAAACGCCUUGUUACUGAGAAACCCGCUCUACUCGGAGUGAGCGCGCAGAUGAUGGGGGUCGGAAUUUCUCAUACGGGUGAUAGUGCUGCACCAUCGGGAUCCAAUUAUGGUCUGGAUGUGGGUGGGGUUGCUGGAAUGGUCGCCACGGCUGCAAGUGCUACCGUGUCAGGAGUAGUCGGGAUAAUUGGGUCUGGCAUUGGUCUAAGCGUGCAGAACUCGGCCAUGAAGCUCCAAUGCAUCGAUCAAUUAGAUAAAGCGGACUCGCCACCGAUCCCCGAAGCAUACAUUUACCUUCUCGCUGUGCAGUGUAUUGUCUCCCUAUGCGAAGGGUUUGCGUCAUUCACUGGACCACUGUACACGUCCAUAAUGGUUCAACGUCCUCGAGCGGCUGGCGAGCCUGUCAUUCGCGCACCCGCCGCUCUUGACCUCUCCACACUCCCGCAGGACGAUCAUGCAACUGAGCACCUCAUCAUCGUGUGUUCUAUGGUUGAGAACGGCUGGCCUGCGCUUCUCGCAGCCCUCUCAUUUAUUAUCUCGACAAAUCUGUCAGACGAGCUCUUCAUAGACGUUCUUAGCAGCUAUCAAGCUUUGACGAACGUUGCUGGGAUGCUCGCCCUGAGUACUCCUCGCGAUGCAUUGUUCAACUCACUUUCCAAAUUUGCGAUACCUUCGCGAGUAGUGUCCAGCUUGGAAUCCUACGUUGAACCUCCGACACCACGAACGUCAACUUCCUUCACAGAUAACUUGGGGUUGACAGCACCUAUCCAGGCUCCAGGACUUUCCGAGCGAAAUCUAGCAUGUCUCAAAGUCUUGGUAUCCAGUGCCCUUUUCCUUGCUGGCAGCCUGGGAGAGAGCUGGUAUGGUAUUCUGGAAGCUUUACAGAACGCGGACUACGUCUUGAACGUCAAAGCGUCGCAAGCAUCUACCAACCGGCGGAUGAGCACACCCAUGACACCCAGUCGAUCAGUGUCAGCGAUGAGCUCCACUGAACAGGGGAAAGUGGCUCGUCAUCCCCUCCUCAUGGAUAUCGAUUCAGAGAGCGUGCUUGCUGCUGUGCAGCGCCUCUUCGAUGCGUCCAAAAACCUGGAGGAUUCAGCUUUUCAGGACUUUGUCACCGCGCUCUGCAAACUUAGCUCAGAGAUGGUUGGGAUGCAAUCUGAUGGGAGCACGCUGACUGAGUCGGAGGAUUACUUGAGUCCUGUACCGAUUUCUCCUCAUAGAAGGCGGGUCAGCGGAAUUCAUCUGCCGCGCACUCUGCGUCAGGGCGAUUUCGGUGUCGAGCGGCUGGGUUCAGUAGCGAUGCUAAACUUCCAUCGCCUCAUCUAUCGUGCACCUGAGGUCGCAUGGAACACUACUACAAAUCAUCUUCUGUGGGUCAUGGGUCUCUCCUCAGCACCGCAGUCAAUACGAGUGCAGGCGGCACGCGUCCUCGACGAAAUUCUUACCGUGGUCCCCCGUAACUUGUCAUCCACUGGAGACCUGCAGGCUAAAGUUCAGCGUCGCGUUCUCGACGUUCUAUCUAAACAGAUAGUACCCGCAUCAUCCGACGUCCCAGCGACGAGCACGAAUAUUGAGCUCCGGCGAAUGGGAUUAGAGACCCUGCACCAAAUUCUACAAGCGUCCGGACACACUUUUAUCGUCGGGUGGGGCAGCAUUUUUGAGAUGCUAGGGAGCAUCUGUAAACCCGCAGCUCUCUCCAGAUCUCAGUCGGUUGAUUCCAUCAGCACACUAUCGCUUCAAGAGACGCCCCGUCUAAAGCCACUGCCUCUGGGGUAUGUUAGCGACCGCGGCUACACAGCACUGGUGAAGAUCGCCUUCCAGUCCCUCAAACUUGUCUGUGACUCCGUGUCUGUAUUAUCCCCUGAAGACUUGCGGCUUUGCAUCAAAACCCUUGGACAAUUCGGUCGACAAGCCGACACGAACAUUGCGCUUACUGCUGCAGAAAGCCUUCUCUGGAGUGUGUCGGAUUCGAUCCAGGCAAAGCGGAAGGAUGCAGAGAUGGAGCCGGAAUAUAGCGCUCUGUGGAUGUGUCUGCUGCUGGAAGUUCUAGGUCUCUGUACUGACACCAGGCACGAUGUUCGUGUAGGCGCCAUCCAGACCCUUUUCCGUGCAAUGCAACUUUAUGGCGCCACGCUUACGCUGGAUACGUGGAAUGACUGCAUAUGGAAGAUCACAUUCCCGCUACUCGACACAAUAUCUAUCGAAACCCGGCGCAGUGCCUUUGAGCCCGGAGCUCUACUGAAUUCUGGUCUGGUGGCGCAGUCUCCCGAACAUGCAUGGGACGAAUCGAAGAGUCUCGCAUUGCAGUCGAUUGGAUCUAUUAUCAGCGAUUUCCUAGUCGUCAAGAUCAUGCAUCUAGAAUCCUUCUCAAAAGCAUGGUCCGUGUUUGUUACCCACGUUCAUGAUACCGUAUCCUUGGACCGUCGAAACUUGAGUCCGCCUGCAUUACUUUGUUUGGGGAAAGUGGUGAAAGCGCUUUCUGGCGCAGACGCCUCUCUGCAAGCCAAAGUGUCGGAAGCUUGGGAAUGCGUAUGGAUGGCGUGCAGUGACAUAGGGAGCAUGGUUCUCCAGGGUGAGAGAUCCCAGCUCUCUCCGAGUACGAAUACGACACAGCACCACCGUGCAUUUACUCAGGAGAGUUUGGUUGCUCUCGUCGACGUCAUACGGAGCACACGUUCCAUUAGUCUGACCCAGACGAAGAAGGAAUGGCCGCUUCAGCGCCUCAAUCGUCUGAUGGAAAUUCUCAAGGGUGUUCUUACUUAUCCUGACUCGACGGACUACCGCCCGGAUGUUGAUGGUCUGUCACCCGUUCAGGUAGUGGUCUUGGACGCCAUCGCGGAUAUCAACUUAACGGGAUCUGGUAUUCCAUCUCUCAUCUUACGAGAUCUCUCAGAAUUCAGCACACUUCCGUUUCUGGCUGCUUUUCAUGUGCCCAUCUUGUCUCCCGCCUCCCCGGCAACGCCUAUUGCGGCAUCGUUUCAAAAACAAGUCACGUACAUUGCGUUGUCCAAGAAGGUCAUGCCGCUUAUCGUUGAGUUGUACAUGCGCUUCAAGGAUGAGCUCGAGAUCUAUGAAGAUGGGACUUUGGAAGCUAUCUUCUCGGCCUAUUCAAUACCGAUAAAGUUAAAGUACGAGUGUCCUGCUCCAUCAAAGUUUGGCAAAGAUCCUCCUCUGUGGAAGACUGCUACAACAAGUUUCCUCCGUAUAGUCACUGACUCGGUCAGAAGGAUGGCAACAUUCGGCGAUCGUAUAUCUGAUACACGAAUUGAGGGCAUAUGGCGACAAAUCAUUGAAGUCUUUCGGGGUGGCAUUUUGGCUGAUUGCACUGCGAUAGAGAGUUUCUCACUCGAAGAUCAGGAAGCGGAGGAAAACUUCGAUCUGUCUCUCAUCAGCUCAUUGGAGAUUGAUCUCGUGCCACAUCUGGGAGACACGAGAGUCCCUGAUCACCUCAUCGCACAGUUCGCCAAGAUCUUGCACAAGGGCAGCCAGUUGUACAAGUCAAGUAUGGAUCCCUCACGCCCUGAUUCGCCCUUGACAAAUACUGCGAAUAUGUCAGACGACUCUCGGGACUCGCACGACUUUGAAAAGAUGGACCUUGACGUCGGAACAACUGCCCCCGGGGUCCUAGUUUCGAGGGAGCGAUUUUCGUUUUGGUGUUUUGAUCUUUUGUUCUUGAUAUGCUCUAAUGUUACAAGCGAUCAACAGUCUUCAAGGAAACGAGUUGCUGCACUUUGUCUACCGACCUUACUUGAUCGAUGCAAAACUACUAUGGUGAGCUAUGUCGCUGAUGAGGCUCUUCGCGGAAAUAUGCCUUUCCCGAGGGCUCGUGAAGACGAACUGUUGUAUGUACUCCGUAAGGUACUGGAUUUACAGCUUUGGUCAGGAACCCUGUGGGCUGCACUGUCAGAGUCGCCAUCGAAGUUCAGUGAUUCUCAACCCGCCGUUGAUGUCAGUCUUUCACCGUCUGCACUCAUUGCGGAUGUGGUGAAACGGUCGCCAGUGGCUCAUAUCUUCUAUUUUUAUUCGGUGUUGUGUGAAAUCGCUUCUAUCCCUCGGAAGACGCCAUCGACAUGGGUGAUUGCGAAUUCCUCACCACCCGAGAUCAACCAGGAGAGAAGAGGCAAUGUUCUACGGCAUCAUAUUGGUGCUCUGGAAGAAGGUGGGGAUGCAAUAGAGAUAGAUGCGAGAACACUUGCGAGGAAGGCGUUGCAGAUUCUCGGGAAGGAGAUGGGCACGAUUUAGCAAUGGAUGGUGUGGUCUACUUUUGCAAGAGUUAUUUUAUUUUGAUGCCUAAUAUCUAUGAACUUGGAAGGGUAGCACAGGUCCCGGUCAUCUAUCGCAACGUUCAAACUGGCUUAACCGUGAUCAGUUCUGGGGACGUGCACUAAGAGGGGUGGGUGAGACUCCUCGUUCCCUUUUUCCUUUAUCUCGUUAUCUUGAUCACACUAUCGGUACCAUACUGUCCGUUGCUUCUUGACUUUUGCGCCUUAUGGCACUUCCGCUCGUCGAUCCUCCGGUGUUACAUUACCUACUAGUAAGUAUCUCCGCAGGUACAUAUAUGUCGUCGCGUCUCUCGUUGACACCUCAGAUUGUCUCCUAACACUACUGAGCACUCGCUUCUCACUAG